UUGACAGGCGACGUCAAAUAUUUCCUCUCACUGACCAAUCAGCGACGUCGGGGGGCGGUGGUUUGUGCCCUCCAAUAUCCCAUGUGACGCUCCUCAGUCGUUCCGAGGCGUUUACAUCCAAGAGCCGGAGACUAUGGAUCAGAAGGUCGGGUUGUUGGUUCUCCUGGCAGUGGGCCUCCUCUGCCUCAGUGUGGCCCCUUUCUCUCGGGCUCAGGACCCGAUGGAGGAGGUUCUUGGUGACGACGUGGACGUGGAGGACGAACUGGAUUUGGGUUUAGCCGGAGCCGAGGAGGAAGACCAGGAAGGGGACGUGCAGGACGAAGCUCCAGCUGCACCAAAAACUCCUCCUACACCCAAGGUAACCUACAAGGCUCCAGAGCCGAUGGGGGAACAUUUCAUAGCUGAGUCUUUUGACCGUGGGACACUAGAUGGUUGGGUGCUUUCAGUUGCCAAGAAGGAGGACGCUGAUGAAGACAUCGCCAAGUACGACGGUAAAUGGGCGGUGGAGGAGAUGAAGGAGAGUAAGCUCCCCGGCGAUAAAGGCCUGGUCCUGAAGUCUCGGGCCAAACACCACGCCAUCUCAGCCCAGCUGCUGCGACCUUUCACCUUCGACACCAAGCCGCUCAUUGUCCAGUACGAGGUCAACUUCCAGGCCGGCAUAGACUGCGGUGGCGCCUACGUGAAACUGCUGAGUCAGACGCCCGACCUCAACCUGGACUUGUUCGUGGAUAAAACUCCGUAUACCAUCAUGUUCGGACCAGACAAAUGUGGAGAGGAAUACAAACUGCACUUCAUCUUCAGACACAAAAACCCCAAAACUGGAGAAUAUGAAGAGAAACAUGCCAAGAAGCCAGAUUCUGACCUGAGAACCUACUACACAGAUAAGAAGACUCACCUGUACACACUGGUGUUGAACCCCGAUAACACCUUUGAGGUGCUGGUCGAUCAGACAGUGGUGAACAGCGGCAGCUUGUUGACGGACAUGACCCCCCCCGUCAAUCCCCCCGCCGAGAUCGAGGACCCCGACGACCAGAAGCCAGAGGACUGGGACGAGAGGCCCAAGAUCCAGGACCCCAGCGCCACCAAGCCCGAAGACUGGGAUGAAGACGCUCCCGCUCAGAUUCCUGACGAAGAUGCAGUGAAACCAGACGGCUGGCUGGACGAAGAGCCCGAGUACAUUGGAGACCCCGAUGCUGCCAAACCCGAAGACUGGGACGAGGACAUGGACGGCGAAUGGGAGGCCCCUCAGGUCCCCAACCCUGCUUGUGAGGCCGCCCCAGGUUGCGGUGCCUGGAAACGGCCCAUGAUCGACAACCCCAACCACAAGGGCAAGUGGAAGCCACCCAUGAUUGACAACCCCAACUACCAGGGCGUGUGGAAGCCGAGGAAGAUCCAGAACCCUGCGUUCUUCGAGGACCUUCAGCCGUUCCGGAUGACUGCGUUCAGCGCCGUGGGGCUGGAGCUCUGGUCCAUGACCUCCGACAUCUUCUUUGACAACUUCUUCAUCACAGACGACCGCACCACCGCCGAUCGCUGGGCCGCCGACGGCUGGGGGCUUAAGAAGGCCGCUGAGGGCGCCGCCGAUCCCGGUUUGGCGACUCAGAUGUUGAGCGCUGCGGAGGAGCGCCCGUGGCUCUGGAUCGUCUACGUCCUCACUGUGGCUCUACCGCUCGUCCUUAUCAUUGUCUUCUGCUGCACCGGCAAGAGGUCUUCAGGAUCAGAUCAGGGUCAGUUGAGUCUCACCAGCUUACAGGAAGAGUUUAACGAAGCUGGACCCUCGAAUCAACCCGCCUCGGGCCCGAAGAAGAGUCCUGAGACACCAGCAGCAGAGUACAAGAAGACCGAUGAAGCUCAGCCCGACGUGAAGGAGGAGGAAGAGGAGGACGAGGAAGAAGAGGACAAGGCCGAAGAGAAGAGCAGUCCAGAAGAGAACGGAGAGGAAAUUCCCGCAGAAGACGAGGAGGAGGAUGCAGGGAAGGAGGCGACGGCUGACGAGAAGUUGGAGGACGACGUCCUGCGGAGAUCUCCGAGGAACAGGAAGGCCAGAAAGGACUGAGAUCUCUAUUUACAUCUGACCUCUACACCCCCUCCUAAAGUGUCGCCCCCCCCUCUCCUCCCCUCCCCUCCCCUCUCCUCUCCUCCUCCUCCUCCUCUUGCGAGGCAAUGAAGACUAAAUGGAACCCCGUGGCAGCAGCAAAGCUGAUGAAAACUAAUCAAGACCUAUGGAUGCUUGCUAAUCACAAUUCCAGUGUGAACAGGACUGAGGGUUUUUCCUUUUUUUUUUUUUUAAAGAGAAUAUAAUUGAGAUUAACUAAAACUUCCUGCAUCAUUCCACCUUAGACUCAUAGUCAUGGGAUCAAUGUGUCCUGUCAGCUACGCCCCCGCCGCCUGCUAACCGCCCAGCGCCGUCCUGAGCUAACAAACGCCUCCCUACCAACGUCCCGCUAAUUAGUGUCCUGACUGAUGGAAAUUUGGCCUUCAACACCCACUACUUAGCCAUCAAUGUGAAGUAGCAGCAUCCUUUUUUGAGUGACCAACGGCAUGCUAAUUAGCUUUGACAUCAGGGUGCCAAUUAGGCCAACUGUGAUCCCAAUUAUCCAACAAACAUUCAAAGAUUUGCUGAUUAGCUAAAUGAAACGCUGCUAAUUUGCCGGUAAUCUGGUGCUAAUUAACGGUCAAACGAAUUAUCUGUCAAACUCUGAAUUCAUUCGUAUUGCCAAUAAGCCUGCUAACAAGCUGCUAAAUAGGUUAACCGUCAGAAUAACAAAAAGUCAAGAAUAUAAAUCUAAAAACGUCUUUCUUACUAGCCCCUCAACCGCAGUGCUACUCUCAACAUCAGUGUGCUAGUAAGAUUAAAAUUGGUCAGAAUCCAACAAACAGUCGAUAAUUUUUCAACAAACGUAUUGCCAAUUAGCCCUUUGAACAUUAAACAAGUCUAGUGUGCAGGGCAAGCAACCAGCUUGUGAGCAACAUGCAAUUCACUUCACGCAAUCAGUUGAUCCAUUAGCCUUCUGGGAGAUUUAAAAAAACUAUCAGGAAAUGAAGCCACCAAAAGUGUUGCAAAUUAGUCUCCUAGCAUGCUAAUUGGCUCAUGAACAACUCCGUAGUAAUACGGCUACUUGUACUAUUUUAAAGCUGUCCUCCCACAAACUUCUGCGUUAACAACGGGGCGGCUAACAAGUUCGCAGAUAUUGUAAUUUAAUUACCAACAACUAGCUAAUUAGCCUGGUAAGCCGCUAAUUCAUCUACUAACCGUUGGCCUUCAUAGAUUUAUCAAAUUAGCUAGUAAUUAGCCAUCAUGCUAAUAUUUAAUAAGAAUGGCCGCUGAUACCUUUUUUUUUUGUCAUUUCCUAGUUUAGUUGUGUUUUGUUGUAAAGCUGUUGGCUCCACACACAGCGCUCUUUUUUUUUUUUUUUUUUCUGUAUUUCUGUGUAUUUUCCUGAUGGCAGAGGGGGGGGUCAGAGGUCAGAACCAGUGAGCCUAGAACCGUUUGAGAGGAACCCUUGGAUUUAAUUGUUGGACGCAGGUGUUUUGACACCUGGUUCUGUCAGCAGAAGAGGUUUUUACUCUCUAGUAGUAGAUGAGUAGAUUUGUUUUAUUCCACCUUCUGUGUUGAACAGCUACUUUUUAUCUGUCCAAAUAAACUUGGCAAAAGCUCGUUGGGUCCUCUUAUCCACCUGGAUCCUUUCUGGGCGUGGAUCAGUUUACCUUUGCAUCGCCUGUGUCGCUUUUAAUGUUGCGUUACGACACCCAGUCAGUCUUUCUUCAACCCCAUGUGAACAGAAAGAAAGGCACGAGGGGGAAGAGUGAAGCGCUUAACAGUCACCUGUCGACACCUCCACCAACAGACGCUCUGCUACCUGAAUCCAUUUCGGCGGUUUAGGUAACAGCCGUUUGACGUAACAAACUGAACUUGAGGUUAACUCCCGGAUCAUCCCGGGUCACGCGAUGACAACGUAAGCUAAUUUGAUCCGUUGAUACAGACUGUGAGACUCUGCUAACAGCCAGUAAGUGAACUUUGAGUGAAGAAAAACUAAAUGGCAAACACCUGGCUGAAAUGUAUUCUGCAGUUUAUAUAUUAAUAAUCAUGUCAUCCAGGAGAGCAGAAUAGGCCAGACACAUUUUAAAACAGGAGACCAACCACCAGGUGUCACCAAAAUGAAAGCGUAAAUCUUUUUCUUUUUUUUUUCCCCCCCCAUCAGCUGACAACCACAAACAAGUUUCAGUAGCUUUGGGCUGCAAUCCUGACCUAUUAGCGCCACCAUCGGGACAAAAGGUUCUCUCCUCCGGUGUGAUGCUGAGGAAAACAAUCAUGAACUUUGUAAAGUUUCUUAAUUUUCUUUUAUCAAUCAGGAAAUCCUUUUUUGGGUUUAUAAUCCAGAAGGAUCUAACACAUAGCAUAAGUGUACUGAUUCAAAGCGCUUAAAAAGUAAAACAAAGCUAGGUUUGUGAAUGUCAAAGUUGUUCGCUAAAACAAGUAACAUGAAUUCAGUCUUGUACCCUCGAUGUGUCCUCUUGUUGUAUUCUGUGGACUUUCAUUCUGGAUUUGUUGACCAACAGCAUGACGAGUAGCCAACGGGGGGAAAGUGGCCGGUGGGAUCUCCGGCUUCCAUAACCUUCAUGUUCUUUUUUUUUUUUUUUUAGGGUAAACAGGAUUGUUUUGGCUGUGCGCUUCGCUGCUUGUAGUCCUUAAUGUUAUUCCCUACGGUGUUGUGAUUUAACCUUUCGUUGACCUCCAGGCUUUAAGGACCGGCGGCCUCCUCCGGCAUUCCCACCCGGAAUGUGUCAGUCUUAGCCGCUCUCGUGGUCCUCUCUCUUGUGUUUUUGUCUCUGAUUCUAUUUUUGUGUCUGGCUGAAGCUGCCUAGCUGAACCGACUGUAGACUGAACACUGUAUCUGCUGGUGAAACUUUACAUGACUCUGUAACUCUGCUUUUUAUUUUUUAUUUGUCAACAUUGUGUUUUGAACUAAACGUAACGGUUGGUCCUGCGGCCUGUUUCUGAUGUACACACUAUGUAGAAAGGUGGGCCUAAGGUCUGUCUUUGAAUAGAAAUACUGUGAUGGAGCCGGGAUGAGUAUGUAUGAAUGAGUGUGAGUGUGUGUAUGUGGACAUGCAGUCAACAUUUGUUUUGAUGAAUAAAAAGGCCAAAAGAAACGGAAUUAAUUAUAAA